GGACUGCUGCUCCCCCCCCCCAUCCCCCUACCUCAUCAUGUUAUUGAUCAUCAUGUUGGUGUAGGAGGAAAACAAAACUCCGACUAACCACCCUGUUCCCAAACGGAGUGUUUAAGAUGGCAGGCGAGGAGGAGAGGGGGGUGGUUCGUGUCAAAGUCAAGAAAUGUGAAGGGGCACUUCCUGUGGAGUUUCGCUCGUUUGCUGUUGAUCCUCAAAUAACGUCACUGGAGGUCCUGCAGCACAUCCUCAUUCGAGCCUUUGAUUUGAACGGGAAGCGGAAUUUCGGGAUCAGUUACCUGUCUCGAGACCGGAGCGGUGCUGAAAUGUAUCUGUCACUGCUGUCUGACUGGGAUUUGGAUGUUGCAUUUGUCAGUGCUGCCAAACCAUAUCUCCAGCUCAAGAUGGACAUCAAACCUUCAGAAGACAGUCCUGUUAUGGAGGACUGGGACAUCAUCAGCCCAAAAGACGUGAUUGGCUCUGAGCAGCUUCUGGCAGAGAGGACCAGGUCUUUAGCAUCUGCAGCUCUCCCCUUCACCCAGUCUCUACUGUCCCAGGUGGGCCGUACCCUGUCCCGAGUUCAGCAGGCCUUCAGCUGGUCUUAUGGGGAAGAAAUUAAGCCUUUCAAGCCCCCUCUGAGCGACGCAGAGUUUCACAGUUACCUCAAUGGACAGGGCCAGUUAACACGACCUGAGGAACUCAGACUGCGCAUCUACCAUGGGGGUGUGGAGCCUUCGCUGCGGAAGGUUGUUUGGCGGUACCUCCUGAACGUCUACCCUGAUGGACUCAGCGGGCAGGAGAGGAUGGACUACAUGAAGAGGAAGACUAGGGAGUACGACCAGCUGAAGAGAGAGUGGACAGUGCGGGUCAGCCCUGAGGACCUGGAGUUUAUCCGGGGGAACGUCCUGAAGGACGUCCUGAGGACAGACCGGGCUCAUCCAUACUAUGCAGGGUCAGAGGACAGUCCACAUCUGACCGCCCUCACAGACCUGCUCACCACAUUUGCCAUCACACAUCCACAGAUAUCGUACUGUCAAGGGAUGAGUGACAUUGCCUCCCCUAUACUUGCUGUAAUGGACAAUGAGGCGCAUGCCUUCAUUUGCUUUUGUGGCAUCAUGAAACGCUUGGAAGGGAACUUCUGGCCAGAUGGGCAACUCAUGUCUAUUAAGUUCCAGCAUCUGAAGCUGCUGCUGCAGUACUCCGAUCCUGAAUUCUACUCUUACUUGGUGUCCAAGGGAGCUGACGACCUCUUCUUCUGUUACCGCUGGCUGCUUCUGGAGCUGAAGCGAGAGUUUGCAUUUGAUGAUGCUUUGAGAAUGCUGGAGGUAACUUGGAGCUCCCUGCCCCCGGAUCCUCCUGAAACUGAAGUGGAGCUUCUGGGACCUCCAGUGGAAACUGAUGAAACAUUGUCCUGCAGAGACAAGGACCGGACAAUUGAGAAAUGCCUUGGGGAUGAGAAGGAACAAAAAGAGAAGCAGCGUAGACGACACAUGUUGAGGCCCUCAAGAGAAGAACCAGAUGUGAGCAGAAAUGCUGUCCUAAAAGAAAAGGGAAGCGAUGGUGAAUAUGACAUUCCUCAAGUGACAAUGGAAAAGGCCGACUUGCAGGCCCCUUCUUUUGAGAGGCAAACUAGUUUCGGGGAGUUUAAAUACUACACUGCUCGGAAUGAAGACAGCUUUCAUAUUGAGGAUGCUGAGCAGCCACAGGAGUUGGUUUCUUCAAAGUCAGCAACAGGCAUCCCAACACGCCAGUCCACAGUUGACAGUGAAGAGGACCCAGGAGAGAGAACACCUCUCAUUAAAAACUGUGACAAUGGUUUCUCUCCACUGUCAUCACUUCCUCUCUUUUCUAGUGGCCUACCAAUCUGGAAAACUGGCCCCUCUGGCUCUCCCACAUCUUCAACUUCACCCUCCAGCUGGCCAGGUGCUUCUCCAGAUUCUCCUCCAAAAUCGUCAUCCCCAUCCACGACCAAUGGAAGUGAGGCCUUACCAAGUACUGUCCCAAAAGUGUUGACCUCCUCUGCCCAAGUGCUCAGCAGUACAGGGAUCAACUCGCCCACGACCCCCACUGUAAAAACAUCUGUCGCAUCUCCAACCCACACCCAGAAUCGGUCCCUACUCUCUUCACCCAUUUUGUCUUUUGGAAGAGGCCCCUCGCUGUAUGGCAGCAGGUCAUCCUCCAACAAUCUCCUGUCACCUGGUAGCAAAUCCCCGAGCACCACAGCCAACACUCCCAGUUCUUCAAAAGCUGACACCACCAGCAUCAAACCGUGUUCGCUGCCGCCGCCUCAAGAGUUCGGCAAAGGCAAUCCCUUCAUGCUGUUCCUGUGCCUGUCCAUACUGCUGGAGCACCGAGACCACAUCAUCAAGAACAGCUUUGACUACAAUGAGCUAGCCAUGCACUUUGAUCGCCUUGUGCGGCGCCACAACCUGAGCAGGGUGCUGCAGCGAGCCAAGGCCUUGUUUGCAGACUACUUGCAGAGUGAAGUGUGGGACUCAGAGGAAGGGGACGAGGUUAGCUCGGACUCCCCAACAACAACCACCGCUGCUCCACACUCCCCCUCUUCAACCAUCUCCACCAGGCCCAUUUACAGCCCUUUAGCGUCACCUCAGCCAUCAUCACCAAACUCUACCUAUAACCUGGCCACCACCAUUCCCUCCCCAACAGCUCAACUCUCCCUCUCUCCCACCUCCUGAGUCCAUCCUGCAUCAUUGGCUUCCCAUCCUCAGAGAACUCCUCAGUAGACUGUUUGUGGCCCAUUGGAGGUGUAGAUCUUUUUUAGAUAGCCUUACAUACUGAAUUGGUUGGUAAUGAUCUUGUCAUCCUGUGUAUGCUUGAAUACAUAUAUAUCUUGUGUCUGUAAUUGUCCUAAUAUUUCAUUUUCUCCUCAACCGUUAUGUUGUCUGUCCUUGGAAGAGGAAAUGAAGGAGCUAAAAUUUUCAUGGUAUCUUUAUCUCUACUGAUGCAUGAAAUGUUGAAAAGGCAUUUAGCCUGAGCUGUCCUUUUUACUGACUUUGUUUACCAGCUCCUGUCAUGUCCAAUAAGCCACACAUGUGUCUUAACUGAAGCACUCAAGUUACAUGAGUUCUAAACAGGGGAAAAUCCAGACUCUGAAUAGUUGUUAGUCUGUCACAUAGACUGUAUAUAAAAUUGGACAAUGCGUGAAGCUAAAAUAUCCUGGACACAGCUGCUGCCAUCAUGCGCUGGUGACAUCAUUUGGAGCUAGAUUCUGCGCAGUAACGAUCUUGGCAGUGGGAGAGUUCCCGCCAAAACACCUGUUUGACCAGUUGCCAGCAGCGAUUGACCACAAUUGAACAGGAGCUCAUGGAUUGGCUCGGAUUGAAUGGCCGCACUUUGUGGGAACUGUUAUGUUGUCCAUCUUUAUAUACAUUCUAUGGUCUGUCACAAAGUAAAUUGAAAACAGUACUUGGAAUCAAGACAAGGCCAGCACACAUGCUGCACUUACCUAACCCAACUGACAGAGCAUGACACCAUUAACAAUGAAGAGUAAACCAACAGUGCAUUCACACAGGAUGUAGGGAUGUCAACGGUUAAAAGGUAACUGGUUAACCUCCAAGAAUAUUUUUGACAUGUCGGUCUAGAGGUUAAUUUUGCUGCUCCUCAGUUCACUGCACUGCGCACCACCAUGUUUGCAUAGGAGCUAGCUAGCUAGCAGCAGUGCUUAUUUGGCACUAUGUAUUGCUAAUAACAUCUUUCCCACCCACCAGCUUUUUUUGGGUUAAAAAUUAGCUGGUUAGUUACUAGUGAAUGAGUGUUUGUCUUUCGAAAGCAGAUUUAAUCAAAACUGACAUCCCUAACAGGAUGAAAGAUUUUUCUGCUGGAGAUGUAACACGCUAUUAAGCAACUAUCCUACUUUUCCUCUAAGGUUUAACUUGGCAGUGAUCAAAUUUUAAAGCAGCAUAGAGAGAGCUAAGGUCAUAAAUGAUGUUAGUGAUGCCUCCAGUAGUGAAGGUAAAAGGUGUAUUUUGCCUCUGAUUCUUGUAGCUCAGUAAUAUUUUACUGUUAAAAAUGCCCAUGAAAACCCUAAUAGGACAGGGGAUGAGACCUGUGGUAGACUAAAGAUCUGUCUUAAUGUGAUAGGAAAGUGUUUGGAGCAGCAGCGUGUCCAGAGUGAUGAGCAGAGCCAAACUGAAUGUUGAGCUCACAUCAUCAGGAUGGUCUUACCAGGCUAUCCAGUGUUUGUUAACAGCUAAUGUUUCUACUGUCGGUACGUUGGGUGUUUGGGACAAAUAAAUGCGGACUACACAAACAGCACGGCACUUAAAGUCAUGUGAAGGGUGUGAGGCUAAAAGUAGCUUCCCUUUUUGUCUGACCAUACCAUGAGAAAGGCACCCUGAUGAUGUCAGAGGGACAUUCUUAAAUCUGUCUCUCACAUGUCCCCCAAUUUUCUGAAAUACUAUGUCGCAGAUCCAUUGCCGAAAGCUGCUUUCGCAGUGAUUUCGGUUGGAUUUUGCACUUUACUCUUCCAAAGUGCUUUUGCAUAUGGUCUCAGUGGCAGAGUUGGACACCCAGAGAGAUGGGUUCAAAUACAAUAAUGCUGCAGUGGCUCCUACACUCCACCACAGGAAGACUCCCACACAUUCAGCUCUGUUUUGUGCUGUAGAUGAGCCAAACUUCUUCACCCUGUCAUCUCGUUGCCAUGAGCUUGAUAUUCUUUCCAUUUCUGCUAUCACCAAAACAAAACUUUCUGAAGGUGUUAUGUUUGAAUGCUUGAAUGGCUUACUGCUUUGUAAAAAAAAUAGUGGUUACAUGUUUCUUAUUUGUCCCCGGGGGGAGUGUAGGUGAGGUGAGAUAAGGGGAAAUGAGUGAUUUCACAGUAACAGUCAAACUGGCAACAUCCCAGAUGUUGGGUUAGUGCAAUGAGUAUGUAUCUGUAGUAUGUUCACAUAUGAGGGUUAAGAAAUUCUUAUACACUCACCGGUGUCUUUUUUUUUUAAUUUGUUGUUUUUGCAUUAGUUUUUUUUUUUUUAUUACUUUGAACGUGCCUCAGCCAAUCACAGCUGAGGACCUGUUUUCUGAAGUUUAUCAGCUGAUAACAGACAAGGCUAUGUUUAUUUUAUGUUUAUAUUAUUGUUUAUGUUUAUAUUAUUCAUGACAUUAAGGGUCACAUCCAGUCAUACAUAGCAAGUUAACCCUUUGAAACCUGGAGCGACUUCACGUUUCUUGCCCUGCCUUUAGAUGCCUUUCAUAAGUACUUAAUUGGAACCAAAUUGGUUUUGUUUUCUUUUGAAAACAUGGGGAAAAAAGGCAAUGAGCAGUUUAGCCAGACAUGUUCUACAAAUUGCAAGAAAUUAAUCGAUUUAGAAAAUUAAGAAAGGCUGGGGAGAAACUAAAUUUAUAAUUAUCAUAAUUGCAUAUUAAAAUUACAUGACAGAGUUAUUAUAAUUUUUAAGCACUUUUUCUGGGUCAUUUUCUUGUUGGAUUGUUUUUUUCUUUCUUUUUUUCUUGUCUUUGUUCAAAACUAGCUUUCAGGUAAUUUGUUGCUAAUUUUUUGGUCAUUUCUUUCGUUGCUCAUUGCUGUCUUUCCAGUUUUCAAAGGGUUAAAACAGGACAAAACAGCUGAUCAUUUUUGUUUGAUGACAAAGAUAAUUUUGGCAUUGAUGUGCAUUCUAUAAACACCAUUCUGCUGAUGUACUGUAUGUGCUGGAUUCCUACAUUUAAACUGGUACUGUACAUUGUUUAAUGCUGUGGUGGUUUAUAAUCUUGAGAUGUAUCAUUUUAGCACUUUGGUUAUUGCUGUUUCCCAAAGACUCUUUUUGUUCUGUUUUCUGUGUUAUGAUUUCAAAGACACCAUGUUUGUCUAAAUGAGGCUAAUUAAUGCACAAUGGCAGUGGAAUAUUAUGUGAUGCCACUUGACACGGCAGAAGCAUCAGCCUGUGUGCAACCUUUUCGCAGAGAAGUGCCUCACUGGUUUCAGUCCGUAGCCUUGACUUCUGUUUCUUUUGUGCUCUUAGCAUCUGUCUGCAUUGUGUCGUCACACAGGCUAACUUGAGAGCCAGUUAUAGGGCUGAGUAAUAUCUGAAUCAAAUGAUUAAUCGACAGACAUUGUUAAUAUGAAAAGGUGUUCAGCUGUGAUUUUAAGAGAAGUGUGACUGGAUAAAUGUAUGCAUGCAUGGUGUUUACUGCAGGAGACAAGUUAUUUUAAACCAUUUCAGAUAGAACCAAAUUAUAUAUUACUAUAUAAUUCUUUUUUUAAAUGUCUCGCUGACUCUGCCUAAUUUUAUUUUUAGCAUUCCUGUGUAAAAAAAAAAAGUUAAAAAAAAAAAUGCUGAGUAAAAAUUAGGAUAUACCAAGUCUAAAUUAAAAUGAAAAAAGUCAUUGAUUUGACUCAAAAUUAUGUGAUAGUCAACAUAAAUUAUGAUAAAGUAAAUCAGAAUAUGACAAUUAAUUAAACUGUAUGAUGAUGAUGAAGAUGAUGAUUAUUAAUUCUAACUAAACUUUCUAUAUGAAUUUGGACCUACAUUGAGUGUUUGUAUUCUUGUCAUUCCUAACUCUGGAUCUUCGGUUGUCCAUGCCUGAGAAUGUCUGUAAUGUCUCACAUCAUCAAAUGAAACUGGCCAGAAUAGGUGAUGUUCUUAGUGUCUCAGGAGGAUCUUUAGAAGUAUUUUAUUCCAGACAAAGCAGACACAACAAAAUCUUCCUUUUUCCUCACUGAGAUAUGUGAGGCUACAGAAGUGUAGAACUGCUGGGCAAGGAAAAAACUGAUCAGAAUCAGGAAAUAACAUGAAGGUUUCAACAUGAUUUUCAUGCUUUUACCAUUCUUUUCAUGUUAAAACAAUUUAAAAUGCAUAACUUUUCAUGUUAUAACAUUGAAAGUCAUUGUUUGUUAUAACAUGUAACUAUCUUUUUGUAAUAUGAAAAUAUCUCGGAAAUCUCCUAUCUCUAGGAA